UUAUUUCAUUACGCCACGAUGCAAUUUUUCAUUUAUUAUAUUUAAUAUAUUUAUAUAUUUAUAUAAAAUACACGUAUUUACUAAUUUCGCUGAGUGCGUAAUGUGUCUAUAAAAUUGCGACGAGUCAGCGGCGAUAAAUGUAAGUUCGUAAACAACGAAUUUCCGUAUAGCUAACAUUGUACUUUUUAUGAUGUGGUAGAGGGCAUGAAUGUUUUUUAACUUUUUUCUUAUAUUUUCCUUUAUUUUUUCAAGCGUAUGAAGAUCGGUAGUUUGAGUUGGUAGGAUUAGCUUGUUUAUAUUUUAGAUGAUUGGAAAUUACCAUUGGUUUAAGUUUUGUAAAUAAUCUCUGAGAAAAAUAAUUAUCUUUUAACACUUUGUGAUAAAAGGUGCGAGGGAGCGUCUGUUUUUAAAGUAAAAAUUUUUAAAGACGGUUGGUUGGUUGAAAAGAUGCCGAUAACAUCACAUACAGUAGUUAUUUACUUUUCUAAUCGCUUUCAUAACAAUACCAGCAAUAUCAUCUUCCAUACCGAAGGUUUUUUUACAAUUCAGAAAUUAAAUGAAAUAUUAUAUGGACAAAAUCAGUGGCAAAUAAUUCGCACUUGUGUAGAGUCGCUCGUGAAUGAAAUAUCUAAUAUUUUGUAAAUAUAUAUCACACACGUAUAAGUGUAUUUAUAUGUAUAUUGAAUAUAUGUUACCUCUGUUGAGAAACUAAUUUAUCUUCUUCUUAUAAUACAAUAGAGUUGUAUAAAAUUGUUUGAUAUGCCUGUCCAUCGCUAUUGAAACGGGUAUAUUUUUAUUCAUAUUUUCCAUCUUGUUUUUUCUCAUUUCAAUAUGAAUAUUAUAUGGAUAUUGUUCUUUCUUUAUCGAAUCUCUUUUUUCAUAAAUCUUCUCUUCCUUCGUAUUCUUCGGACGAUCGUGAAAUGAACUUUCCCGUUACGAACUUUCGGUGUCCUGUGGUUUAGCAGAAAAUGUUGGAUGUUGAAAGAAAAUUGGGUAAACUUUUCCUCUUCCUUUAAUCAUAUAUUUAUGGCCUGUACUCCUACGAGUCGCAACAUCGGUUAUACUUAUCUGUAUUCUUCGUUUCCCAUGAAUACUUUAUAGGCAUAUAGCCAAUGCGCAAGAAAUAACAUCAGAGACGUCUAGCAAAUUUUUUCAACAUACAGUGUUCAGUCGUCUAUGCAUAAACAGUUUAGCGCAAAUACUUUCCAUUGUGUCAUACAGAAAGUAAGAAAGACCGAAUAAUUAAUCAUUUCUAACUUAUCACUAACUAACUUAUCGGUCAGUUGGCUUAAAAUGAUACCUAGUAAAAGUAUCAGUCGCCCAGUAGUAAUUGGCUUACGAUUGACUGGUAUUUGGCCAGACACAUCUUAUGAAAUUAUUGCCCGAUGCAUUUGGGUAGCUAUCAUCAUGCCUGCACAAGUAUUUCAGUAUCGUUAUAUAAUGAAGAACAUUAGUUCUGGAAACUUGGCAGACGUAAUAGAGAGUGCGAGCACUAGUUUGCCUUAUACUGUACUGCUAUUUAAAUUAAUUAGCUUUUGGAUUAAACGCGGAAUAUUUAAAAACAUGUUGGUGGGGAUGUAUUACGAUUGGAUCAACUCUUCCGCUGAUAAAGCUAAUGUAGAUGUUAUGGUGAACAAAGCUGAACUUGCAUAUCGUUGCUCAUAUUCAAUUUUUGGCGUAUAUAUCAUUUCCGUUUUUAUGUAUGCCGGUGUGUUUCUGCAAUUUAUCCGUCAAGAUCAAGACGAUUUCAAUGUAACGUCCCGACAGUUAUUAAUGAAAAUGGACCUUCCGUUUGCAUAUUAUGAAAGUCCUGUGUAUCAAUGUGUAUUUCUUGUACAAUUCCUUCAACUGUUGGCUGUUGGAAUUGGCAUGGCUAUAUUAAAUGCUUUGAUAAUUACAUUGAUAUUUCAUAUUGGUGGACAAAUAGAAAUCUUACAUAAAACUUUGGGAAGUAUUUCUGUCAAAGAUGAAAAACAUGGAUCAUUGCGAAAUGUCGUUAAAUCUUUAAUCAAUCGCCAUUAUCGGAUUAUUUUUAAUUCGGAAUAUAUCGAAAGUUUAUUCUCGUAUAUUGCUUUGGUGCAAUUGUUAUGUAAUACAGUAGUCAUGUGCGGUAUAGGAUUCUUAAUAAUAGUCGCGAUUAAUUCACACGGGGAUGUAAGAAUACUUGUGAAAAUUGUAUUAUUUUAUAUUGCUAUUAUGUUGGAAGCAUUUGUUUUUUCCUAUGCUGGGGAAUAUCUCAGUAGUAAAAGCCUGUCAAUUAGCAGUUCAGCUUACGGUUCUUCUUGGUAUUUAUUAGAACCUAGCAACAGACGUGUCGUGAUUCUUCUUAUGAUAAGAUCACAAAGACGUUUGACAAUUACUGCUGGGAAAUUUAUGGAUUUGUCUAUGUUCGGUUUUGCGAGUGUAAGCUUGAUCUUUGUUACAAUAUAAUAAAAAUGUU